CGUUAACACGGAAGUGGGUUCUCCGUGUUCCCGUUCAUGACCAGACAUGGAUGCGCUGGUGUUGGAGGUUGCAGUUUUCCGAUUGGAGCGCUUUCUUCCAUAGACCGAGCAGAGCCGAGGAGAUUACUGCCGCUUGUUCAUCCAGCCUAGGGCCGAGGGAUGACGGAGAAAGCUCGCCGCGGCCCCGCGGCCCGGGCGGUGCUGCAGCAGUGUCUGCGGGCCACACUGCAGGUGGAGCCCGCAGAGGAACACUCCGAGGCCCGGUUCGUCCAGUGUCCACGCUGUUAAACCUGCGGCUGUGUGAGUCCGACUCGGGGAAGAGGGUGUCGGUGUUGGAGCUCCCCGGCAGCCUGCUGAUCGUCCCCCAGGCCACGCUGGGCGGGAGGGCCAAAGGCCGGGCCAUGCAGUACCACGACAACAUCAGCAAAGAGGACGGCCUGCGGCUCUACGCCGCCUUGGUGUCCCUGUGCGAGACGGAACUGACGGCCGCUGCUUCCGCUGACGUGACGGUGAAACACGGGACGUACGGAAACAGACAAGUGCUGAAACUCGACACCAACGGACCAUACACACAUCUGAUGGACUUUUAAUCAAUGAAGCUUUACUACAUGGAGGUUCAAAAUGUCUCUUAGUAUUGUCCAAAUAUCUACCAACAAGGCUGUUUUUUUUUCUCCUGGCCAGCAGAAUUAUUUUUUGUACAAAUAGAGUGAGAGAAAUCAUUUCACAUGGGAAUAAAACACAUACUGUUAAAAUAUAUACUGUACAUGUAUAUCCAUAAAAAGAAA